AAUUGUCCAAAAAACGUAAAGAAUGUACGAAUUGUACAAAUUAUGUGCAGUAAAAGAACGCGGUGGUGCUGAAGCAUUGUUUUUUAAAUAAAACAUUCAUAAAAGUGGAAAUUUCGUGAUAGGUAUUAUUAGAAUUCCACGAAAUCAUAAAAAGAAUGGCAGUUGGUUCGACAAAAGUUGUACAGGUGACGAAUAUCGCACCUCAGGCAACUAAAGAUCAAAUGCAAACUUUGUUUGGGUACCUUGGUAAAAUAGAGGAUAUCAGAUUGUAUCCUACUAUACGCGAUGUAGCGGUACCUGUCCAGUCUCGUAUUUGCUAUAUUAAAUUUCAUGACCAAGGAUGCGUUGCUGUUGCUCAACAUAUGACAAAUACUGUUUUUAUUGAUCGUGCAUUAAUUGUAAUUCCAUAUCAAAAUGGAGACAUUCCAGACGAACAAAGAGCCCUCGAGUUAACAAACAAUGGCACAGUUGUUCCAGGUCUUUAUCCUUCUGAACCUAAACUUCCACCAAAUGUUGUAAAUGCUAUAGAAGGUAUUCCUCCAAAUCAUGUUAUCACCACUAUGGAUCCAAAAUUAGAGGCAAAUGGUUUGCCACCUUAUCCACAUUUACCUGGCCAUUUGGAUAGUAGAAGAAUUGAAGAGAUCAGAAGAACUCUUGUUCUUGCUAAUUUAGAUCCUUCAGUAACUACGGAUCAUCUGUUAGACUUCUUUGGUACUAACAAUGUUGAAGUUAAAUAUCUACGUAUGUGUAGCAGAGAUUCAGAUACAGAGCAUUAUGCACUGGUGGAACUUUCUGAACAAGCAGCUGUAGUAUCGGCGCUGUUAUUAAAUGGAAAAGUGCUUGUUGAUAGACCUAUUAAAAUUUAUCAUUCGACGCAAGCAAUAGCAAAACCAGAAGCUAAAAGUAAUGAGGCAGCACAAAAAGAAAUAGAAGAAGCCAUGUCCCGAGUGAAAGAAGCUCACAAUUUAAUUUCAGCAGCAAUAGAUCCAAUGAUUGGAAUGUUGUCAAAGGAUAAACGAAGCCGUAGCGGUUCUCGUAGCCGAAAAUCUCGGUCCAGAUCAAGAGGACGGAGUAGACGAUCUAGAUCACGCAAAAGGUCACGUUCUCGACACAGACGUUCACGGUCACGUCAUCGACGCAGAUCGAGAUCUCGUUCAAAACGUUCACGUUCCAAAGAACGCAGACGAAAAUCCCCAUCGCGUAGAAGAAGUAGUUCUCGUGGACGACAUCGUUCUCGUUCACGAUCUCGACGUUCCCGAUCUCGAAGAUCCAGGUCUAGAUCGAAAGAUCGUAAGAAAAGAUCUCCCCGACGAAGGAGUCGUUCGCGUUCUCGAAGUAAACGUUCAAAAUCAAAAUCUAGACGAUCCAGAUCUAAAUCCAAGUCCAGAUCCUCGAAAUCAAAAUAUUCGGAAAAAUCUAGAGACAAAGAUAAAGAUAAAGAAAGAAGAAGCAAAGAUAAAUCUGAUAAUGGUAAAAAGAACGACAAUGAUAAGGCUGACAAGGAAAAAAGUGAAAAGAAGUCCAGUAAAGAUAAGAAAUCAGAAAAGGAAUCGAAAUCCGAUGAGAAAAAUAGAAACACGUCUGAUAAUAGCGAAACGAAAGAAAAAACAGAGUCUGAAACUUAAACCUUGACAAAUUACGGUCUAUGAAGGUUCAUUUACAUCGCUCCAUUAUUUUGUUAAUUUAAUGUUACAAUAUACCAUAAUGUAUUGAUCAAUAAAAAAUAGGAAAUAUAAAAUA